AUGAUAAAAUCAAGUCGUUCUUUAUCAUCUAGGAAAAAUGAUAAAAUUACAAAUAAAAGGAAUAAGUCUGUAUAAGAUUCAGGAAGUUAUGGAAAUUUUUUAGAUUUUUAAGAAUCUUAGAUAGGACAAUCUUAUAAAUAAUUUAUGUAUAUGUAAGAAUUCUUUAAUACAAAUUUGGUAUAAUUUCCAACUGAUGAAGAAAUAUGUUAGAUUUAACAUAAUUUACAUGUUAGCAGUGGUUUAUAAAAUCAUAAGAAGAAGAAUUGGACUUUAGAAGAAAAGAAAGUGUUAAUUUGGGUAGUAGGUAAGUUGAGUUAAGUUUAAGACUUGGAUAUUAGAGAUUUACCUGAUGAAUUUUGGAAUGAUGUUUCUAAAAUGAUUUAUAGACGAGAUUCAGUAUAAUGUAAAUAGAAAUGGUCAUAAUUAUAAAAGACAGAUUUAUAAUCAAAACCAUUCACUUAAGAUGAAGAUUAAUUAUUACUUAAUAUUAUUAGUUAAUUUUAGGAGGGUGAAUAAGGAUAUAAAUGGAGUUUAAUUUCUAAUGAAUUAAAUUUACAUAAUAAAAAUUAUAGAUCAAGUAAAUAAUGUAGAGAAAGAUGGUUAAAUCAUAUUAAUCCAAAAAUUAAAAAGUAUAUUUUAAUAUUAAUUUAGGGAUCCUUGGAAUGAUGAUGAAGAUUUUAAAUUAUUGAACUUUGUAUUAGAACAUGGUAGAAAAUGGGCAGAUAUAUCUAAAUUAUUUAAUGAAACUAGAAGUGAAAAUAAUGUCAAAAAUAGAUUCAAUAGUUUAAUUAAAAGAGAAAAGGAUUUAAUUGUUUAGUAUUUAAUUCAGUAUAUUAAGGUUAUAAAAUGGAUCAAUUGGAACCUUAGAAACCAUUCUAGGUAAUCUUACUGGAUCAAUUCUUAAUAUUGAUUAAAUUUCAGCUAUAGAAGUACUCAAAAAUAAAAUUAUUUGGAGAUAAGGAUAAUCAAAAGAUGAUUAAAAUUUAAAUAAUAUUAGAAAGAGUUCGAUUAAUUAUGAUAGUGAAAAAAAAGAAAAAACAUAAAUGAAAAAAUCUACUGUUGUUAAAUAUUCUGUAGGACAUCUAGAUGAAAAUUAAAUUAGUUCUGAAGAAUUAACACCUUGUUUAGUUAAUAUUGAGAAAAAUAUCAUUUAUUUCUGCUCUCAAGAAUAAAUACUUCAAAUUAUUAAUACAUAAAUCAAUUAAAUUAAAAAUAAUUUAGAAAAUUAUAGAAAAGAACUUUUUAGAAAUUUUGAUUCUGCUCUCAUUAAUUAAAAAACUUAAUUAAGUAUAAUUAGUGAAAUUAAUGAUUCUUAAUUUAGUUCAUUUAUUUGUGGAAUCGAAGAUAAUUAAAGCUCAUUCAGUAAACCAAACUUUACUUAUUAAAAAUAAAAACAAAUAUAAUAACUAGAUUAUUAUCUCAAUUAAUCAUCUAAAAUUUUAGAAGAAAAACCUGAAGCCCAUAAAUAUAUCUGCUUUAAUCCUAUCGAAUCUAUUCAUUAUAAAGCCUUUCAUAAUAUAUACAAAGCAUAUAAAUCAGAAAAUAUAUUAAAUAAGACUUCGUAAGUCUUUUAAAAUAUUCCAAAGUCAUUACCUAAUGUUGUUACCAUUUAUUCAUCGUGA